AUGUUCUUUUACAAUCUAUCUAUUUAUCUAACUUUUUUCUGUUUCUAUCUAUCUAUCUAUCUAUCUAUCUAUCUAUCUAUCUAUCUAUCUAUGUUCUUUUACAAUCUAUUUAUCUUUCUUUGGUUGUUUGUUUCUCUCUCUCUCUCUCUCUCUCUCUCUCUCUCUCUCUCUCUCUCUCUCUCUAUCUAUGUUCUUUUUACAAUCUAUCUAUCUAUUUAUGUAUCUUUCUUUCUGUUUGUAUCUAUCUGUUUUGUUCGGUUUCAAUCUAUUUAUCUAUCUAUGUUCUCUUUCAAUCAAUCUAUCUUUGUUCUCUUUCAAUCUAUCUAUCUAUCUAUCUAUCUAUCUAUCUAUCUAUAUAUCUUUGUUCUCUUUCAAUCAAUCUGUCUUUGUUCUCUUUCAAUCUAUCUAUCUAUCUAUCUAUCUAUCUAUCUAUCUAUCUAUCUAUCUAUCUAUCUAUCUUCGCUUUCAAUCAAUCUAUCUAUGUUCUCUUUCAAUCUAUCAUUGUUCUCUUUCAAUCAGUCUGUCUUUCUUCACUUUCAGUCUAUCUAUCUAUCUAUCUAUCUAUCUAUCUAUCUAUCUAUGUUCUCUUUCAAUCUAUCUAUCUAUAUUUGUUCUCUUUCACUCUAUCUAUCUAUCUAUCUAUCUAUCUAUCUAUCUAUCUAUCUAUCUAUCUAUCUAUCUAUCUAUCUACUCUUUCAAUCUAUCUAUCUAUGUUCUCUUUCAAUCAAUCAAUCUAUCUAUCUAUCUAUCUAUCUAUCUAUCUAUCUAUCUAUCUAUCUAUGUUCUCUUUCUAUCUAUCUAUCUAUCUAUCUAUCUAUCUUUGUUCGCUUUCAAUCAGUCAAUCUAUCUAUCUAUCUAUGUUCUCUUUCAAUCUAUCUAUCUAUCUUUGUUCUCUUUCAAUCAAUCAAUCAAUCAAUCUAUCUAUCUAUCUAUCUAUCUAUCUAUCUAUCUAUCUAUCUGCAUGCAUACAUGCUGUAUGUAUGUGAGUAUGUAGCCUUUGUUUAA